GAUAUGCUGCAGUAGUGAUUUAUGGAACGGGAUCUUUCCACACUACUGGCUUAGUCGUCACUUCUAAGUUGCCGAGAUUCUCAGACAUGUAUACGCUUAUAAUAGCUAGUGCGGAUCCCGAAUCAAUAUCUGCAAAGCCACCAGUUGAAUUUACUAAAAGCGUCACUCAAUGGUUCACCAAGGAAGGAGUUCUGGUGGAGGGCCUGUUCUGGAAAGAUGUCGAGGACCUAAUAAACAAGUAUGCUGAAGAAACUAAAAAGAGCAAGUAGAAUUCGAACUUCCCCAAUACAAAAAGGGCUUUAGGAUAGUUUUACUUGCAGUGAUGACAUCAUCUGUGAAGUAUGUUUCAACUGAAAUGGAUUUUUUGUAUCAAGAAUCAUGCAAUCAAUUCUGGAACGCUCUUUUCUUAAAAUGCAGUUCUUUGGAUUAUUUUGUCCUAAAGUUAAUCACCUACAUGUUUUACAAUGCUUGAUAUCACCAUUUUAUUUAUCAAUUUCUUAUGAGAUCUGAUUUUGCA